AUGGAAGAGGCAAAAGAACUGACGUCGAGCUCACUGAGUCAAGGUCUGAAUCACCAUGGUUCGGACCCUGACGAUAUCCCCAAGUCCCCUCCUGGGUCCCCCAAUUCCUCUACUGGCAAGGCUUGCUAUGCUGUUCUUCAAAGUUGGGUUUCAAAGAAGUUCAUGACUGGAUUCGUUGUUUUGUUUCCAGUGGCUGUUACAUUUUUAGUGACAUGGUGGUUUAUUCAGUUUGUUGAUGGCUUCUUCAGUCCGAUUUAUGCCCAUCUUGGCAUUGACAUUUUUGGCCUUGGGUUUGUUACAUCAAUCAUUUUUAUACUUUUCAUUGGCAUAUUUGCUUCUUCGUGGCUGGGUGCCACUGUUUUCUUGAUCGGGGAAUGGUUUAUUAAGAGAAUGCCAUUUGUGAAGCACCUAUACUCAGCAUCUAAACAAAUUAGUUCUGCUAUUUCUCCAGACCAAAAUACUACUGCUUUUAAAGAGGUCGCAAUUAUUCGACAUCCCCGUCAGGGCGAAUAUGCAUUUGGUUUCAUUACAUCAUCUGUAGUCCUCCAGAGAGAAAAUGGGGAUGAAGAGUUAUGCAGCGUUUAUGUCCCAACCAACCAUUUAUACAUUGGCGAUGUAUUUCUGGUCAAUUCAGAGGACAUCAUAAGACCCAAUAUAUCUAUUCGAGAAGGCAUAGAGAUCAUUGUUUCUAUUGGUAUGACAAUGCCACAAGUGUUGUCUCCUGCACAGAGGCUUCCUCAUCAGAGCAAUAGGGUUUCUCCGAACAGAAUUAUAUCACUGUUAUUGUCUGAUAAUGUGACUAUCAAAAAAGAGGCAGCGAGGGGGAUUUCUUUGGCUAGGUUUACAAUGUUAGGAUGUGCUAUAUUGUAA